AUGGAGACCGAGGCGGCGGCGGCGGGCGAGGGCGGCUUCACCAGCGUCUUGUCCAAGCGGAGCCGGCGGAAGCGGCGGGCGGCGGCGGGCGGGGAGGGCCCGGCGGCGGGGGCCGCCAUGGACACGGCGGAGCCGCGGCCCAGCAAGAGGCCGGCCUUCCCGCCGGUGGCCGCCCAGGCCCUGGGGGUCGGAAGGGGCGAAGUGCGGAAGGUGGCGGUGCCGGCCAACAGGUACACCCCGCUGAAGGAGAACUGGAUGAAGAUAUUCACGCCGGUCGUGGAGCACCUGCAGCUGCAAAUCAGGUUUAACCUGAAGACGAGGAACGUUGAAAUCAAGACUUGUCAGGAGACAAAGGAUCUCAGUGCUCUCACGAAAGCAGCUGAUUUUGUGAAAGCAUUUAUACUUGGGUUUCAAGUAGAGGACGCUCUUGCUCUCAUCAGAUUAGACGAUCUUUUUCUAGAAUCAUUUGAAGUUACAGACGUCAAACCUUUGAAAGGAGAUCAUCUCUCAAGAGCAAUAGGGAGAAUAGCCGGGAAAGGCGGAAAAACAAAAUUCACUAUAGAAAACGUAACCAGGACGCGAAUCGUUCUUGCUGACGCGAAAAUUCAUAUUUUGGGAUCUUUUCAGAACAUUAAAAUGGCACGAACAGCAAUCUGCAAUCUAAUUUUAGGAAGUCCUCCGUCCAAAGUUUAUGGCAAUAUUCGGGCAGUGGCCAGCAGAGCAGCUGAAAGAUUCUGAGCUGCAGCGUGGCUGCACCACCAAGGACUGGGGCUGGGAGUCAUGGUUUCAGUAUGCAGGAGGGGCCUGGACCUACACAAGUGCUCUGUAUUCUCCUUGAUUUGGAAGCCCAGAAGAAAACAGGCACUGUUUGUACAGUCUAAUUUCAAAUCAGUCAGCACAUCCGAUUUGAACACGCUUAAUAUUUCUGUACAGUGAUUAAAAGUUAUUUUAAACGGGUUGUGUCUAUAUCAAAGUGUAAGUACCUGAUUUUAUUUAAACUUAUCCUUGAACAA